GGAGGAGGGAUCAGGAAAAAGUGGGAUAUCUGCUCAGGAAACUUCACUCUCUCAGAAGCAGAAGCAGAGAAAAUAAAGCUGCAGACUCAGGAAUCUGCCUCUUUAUCAGCGAGUGAAGCCAAGCCAUAAGGACAGUGAUGUUGGCUGUGGUCCUCCUCCUGCUCUCCUCCUCCUCCCCUGUGGCUAUGGUGCCUCCCAACUCUCCCUGCAGAAAAUGCUGUGACCACAUUUCUCCAGCAGAGGGCAGCGGAGACAUUCCGACACUGGGAGAGUUCAGCCAUGUCCCAGAGAUCCGCACCUACAUCAACAUGACUAUACUGAAAGGUGAUAAAGGAGAUCGAGGGGAUAGAGGAACUCCAGGGAAAGUUGGACAUGAAGGCCCUCCAGGGGCCCAAGGUGUGCCAGGGUCAAAGGGCAGUAAGGGCCAGGCGGGCCCUCCAGGAGACCCCUGCAACAUUCAGCACUCUGCCUUCUCCGUUGCCCGUCGUAAAUCUCUGCACAGCGACGACGCCGACCAGGCGGUGACAUUCGACACGGUCUUCGUCAACCUUGACAGCAGCUUCGACAUGUUCCAGGGAAAGUUCCUCUGCAGGAUCGCUGGCGUCUACUUCUUCAAUGUCAACAUCCACACGUGGAACUUCAAGGAGACGUACCUGCACAUCAUGCAGAACGACAUGGAGCGGGCGAUAGUGUACGCCCAGCCCAGUGACCGAUCCAUCAUGCAGAGCCAGAGCGUGAUGCUGCAGCUGCAGCGCGGCGACACGGUGUGGGUGCGCCUGUUCAAGAGGGACAGGGAGAACGCCAUCUACAGCGACGACGUAGAUGUUUACAUGACUUUUAAUGGAUACCUCAUCAAACCGAGCGGGGAGUAAGAAGAACGGGACGGGCUGAUGAGAACAGCAGAUUGUUCACAAAAUACUAAGACUUACUGCGUUCAUUUUAUUGGAACUUUCACCCUUUUUGUGACAUUAGAACCACAAACUUAAAUAUAUUUCAUGAUAAGCCACCAACAUAAAGUGGAUUAGAAAGCUCUUUUUACUGUAAAUACAACUGAAGUCUUUGUUUUUAUGUCUCAACAAGUUCUGAUCAUCUAAUAAUUGAAAUCUAAGCAAUUGUUCAUGUGUUUCUGUUAGAGGGAAGCCACACAGCAUGAUGGUGCCACUACCAUGUCUUACC